AUGUCACCAAGCCAUGGUUUAAUGUUCCCGCCAUUGCUGUCAUGUACGCAUCCUAUUCAACUCGCUGAUUUCUGCGCCAUUGUGGUUCCUUGCAUUUGGGCCGGUUCCUUCAACAAGCAAACCGCCAUGUUGAAUCCCAAACGGUACCUCGAUUUCAAACAUUUCUGCGCCAAAAUUUUUAAAGCGACCCAAAUCUCCUGCGCGUGUAUUUUACUCGCGCUCUAUUACAUCCAUCGAUUGCGAUCCGCGUAUCCUUCCGUUCGAGCUUCUAUUGGAUCGGAAAUCCGCUUAUUUACCACCGCCCUCGUUCUCGCCAACAAGUACUUGGAUGACAACACAUAUACCAACAAGACUUGGUCAGAUGUAUCCCACAUUCCUGUCACUGAGUUGAAUAUUAUGGAGAUGGAGUUCCUUUCCGCUCUUAAUUACAGCAUUUAUAUUUCCAACCAGCAAUUCUUUGCUUGGUCAAAUCAAUGUCAACAAUGGUACACGUCGGCUCAACAAACCGCCUUGAUCAUGCACCAACGUCCUAUCAAGGUCCCUACGCGUUUAUCUACCUCCACCUCGUCGUCAUCUGUUAAAUCCAACAUUUCACCUUCGCUUUCCAUGCCCAUCAUGGUUUCGUCCCCUCAUCAUGCGGUCAAACGAUCCGCGCAAGAUUCCUUUUCCCCUUCUGCAAAACGAUUGCAAUCCAUCCAUCAUCCCUUGCCACCCGUAACUACCACCAGCACCACUACCUCUGUCACCUCUGUUCCAACCACCAUUGCAGCAGCACCUACACCUCAACAUCCAUUGCCUUUACCUGUACCGGCAUCCCUACCUCAGGACAUGCCUUAUACACCCCCAAAUGAGUGCCAACCGUAUCCUUUUGUCCAGCCUCCCCAAGUACCAACUUCAUCAUACCCCUUGUCUUCCAACCAUCAUGUGUAUACAUCAUCGUCGUAUCCUAUUCUGUCUUGGUCAAGUAAUCAACAUGCCACUACCGUCAACAGUGUGUGUCGUCCCAUUUUGAGCUGGUCCUCAUCUUCCUUAUCAUCUACCUCCCGCCUUCCUGCCAUACCUAUCGAUCCGUAUCGUUCUUAUUCAGCUGCAUCAGUACAUGCAGCAGCCGUGGCGGCUGUCCACGCCAAUUACCCUACGGCGUUAUUGGCGCAUAGAGUGCGUUGCCUCGAAAUAGAGUAA